AUGAGUGACGGGGUCGUCGGACAGCGAACUUCAGCCGAGGACGGUGUGAACUCGAUUUGUCGGGCACCUGUGGCGGAGGGUCGAGCACUGACAGAGUUUGUCCAAAGUGACGUGACGAGCGCCGUGGGCUCGUCCCGGGAAGGCGGAGCCUCAAUACGCGACGACAACCCUGCUUGCGACCAGCGACGACAUUUGAAGAAACUUGCAUCGCUGUCGCCCUUUCCUCCACCUCCGUCGCUGAACUGCCACCACGACUACCACCAGUACCGUACGACACCUCCUUCUUUGCGCCGCCGCCGCCGCCGCCGAAUUCUCUUCACCGUCCUCGCCAUCGAGCUGAGAAGCCUGAUUUCUGAUUUGCGGAAGUGGCGGCGUCCAAAUUUCCUCAUCUUAAUGAAACUUUUGUUAAAAGCUAAUACAAAGGGCGUGAGAAUCAGAAUACAAUAG